AUGGGCACAACAAGUACAACAACAAUAAUAGCAGGCGUGGCCGGUAUAACCGCCGCUACGACAAUAGUUUCCGUCCUUACCGUACUAUACCUCGUCAACGAUAUCAACAGCUUCUAUGAUGCUGCGAUAGAGGAGCUUCUAGAUUUCAAGGACAUGGCAAACUCAGCUUGGCACGAGAUGCGACCUCCAUACUCAAGAGAUAAGAGGAGUAUCUUUGGCAUCUCAAGACAACGACGUCAAUGGCCUGCUCAUUGUAACUGUGGACCUGUGUCGCAAACUUGCCCUCAAGGACCACAGGGACCACCUGGACCACCUGGCGAGGACGGUGAACCGGGUCCACCGGGUAAACCCGGCAGACGUGGCCUUGAUGGCAUUGGCAUCAGCUUCGGUGGUGGAGCUGCUGGCUGUAUCAAAUGCCCAACAGGUCCGCCUGGACCGCCAGGACCAGAUGGAAAACAAGGUCCACCUGGACCUCAAGGACCACCAGGACCGAGUGCAGCAGGAGGUGGACAAGGACCACCAGGACCACCAGGAGAACCAGGAGAUGCAGGACCAGCCGGACCGCCAGGACCACCAGGCCCCAAAGGACCAGAUGGCACAUCCGGACAGAAGACUGUCGGUGUACCUGGUCCUGCAGGUCCACCUGGACCACCAGGACCCCCUGGGCCCAAGGGACCGGAUGGUACGGGCGGUGGACCGGCAGUUCCAGGACCACCAGGCCCACCUGGACCACCAGGAAAACCAGGACCGCCAGGCCCAGAUGGCCCUCCUGGUGCACCAGGAGCAGGCGGUGUGCCCGGAGGCGAUGGGGCCUACUGUCCCUGCCCACCUCGAUCGAGCUCUAUUCUUCGCCAUAGAAGUCGUGUCGCUGCCAGGGGAAGAGUUGCUGCGAAAACAUAG